GACCUAGAACUAGAACUAGAACUAGAACUAGAAGCUAGUAAAAGCUAAACCAAAAUUUGUCUUGAGCAGACAUAGAUAAUACUAAUAGAUUGUAGAUUUACAUAAACACAGUAAGUAAAUCUAGAUUCCCUGGUCCCACAUGCUACAGAUCCCAAUCGACAGUGUUAGUAUAGUUCAUCCCACACUCUUCACUCUUCACUCUUCACUCUUCACUCUUCACUCUUCACUCUUCACUUCACUAACUCCCAGGUGAGGAAGUGGAAAUAGUCAACCUAGGGAAAUGGGUUUCACCUUCAGCACCAUGGCACUGAACCUGCUCCUCCUAAUGGCCAUGGUGGCCACAAACAUCCUCUCACUCUACCACCUCUCAUCCACCCUGCAAUCCCCCAAGUCCCCCAAGGCGCCCCCUCCAGUCCCGGACCAACUCAUCCGCCAGCUCCACACCAUACGCGCCACCAUCAACCACCUCACGCGCCUCCACAAGCCAGACCAAAAAUCAACCAUCCCACCAGAUCUACUCCUCUACUCGCAGCUGGCCCCAAUACCCUCGGCCUGCCACAACCACCCAGACCUCCUCCACACCUACAUGACCUACACACCCUUCUCCCUCUGCCCCUCCGACACCCACAUCGCCGAAUCCCUAAUCCUCCGCGGCUGCCACCCCCUCCCCCGCCGCCGCUGCUUCUCCCGGACGCCCCCCAAGAUCCCAACCCUCCCCACACACCCCUUCCCCUCCUCCCUCCCGGACUCCGCCGUCAUCUGGGACCACUACAAGUGCAAAUCAUUCCAUUGCCUCAACAACCAAAACCCUAACCCUAACCUCGCAGCAUUCCAACCCUCGCGCGACGCUGCCAAAUUCAACUCCUACAGCUCCGCCCUCGACCUCCCCGUCCCCCAGCUCUUCCAGAUCGCCGCCGCCGCCGGCUCCGUCCUGCGCCUCGGCCUCGACCCGCUGCAGCAGCGGCUUCCGGUGUUCGACGGCGUGGUGGAUCUGGUGCGGUGCGGGCGCGCCGUGAACCGGUGGAUCCCUCUGACGGUGUUGGAGUUUCUGGUGAUGGACGUGGAUCGCGUGCUGCGGGGCGGUGGGUACCUUUGGGUGGACCACUUCUUCAGCAAGGGCCUGGACCUUGAAAAGGUUUAUGGGCCCUUGUUCGGGAAAUUGGGCUACAAGAAAGUCAAGUGGGCCACCGGCAACAAGACCGAUUCCGGUGGCCUCAAGAAUGGCGAGCUUUACUUGACGGCGUUGCUGCAGAAGCCUCUUUCCAGAUGAGAUGAGCCUCGUUAAUUACACACAAAAGUUUGAUAUAUACUGUAAGGACGAUAAGAGGCCGGUUUAUCCUGAUUUCCUUGCUCAUAGGUGUUUAUGGGGGCACAUAAUGAAGCAAUUGCUGGACCAUACAAAUGAUACAAUCAACCGGUUCCAACAAAUAUAGAAAGAAGGAAGUCAAUGACAGGUGUAUAUCCAUGGGGAUUCGGGGAAACUGGUCGAGGAAAAUAGCUUUUUGUGAUCUUUUUUUUUUUUUUUUUGUUUUUUUUUUUUUUUUUUUGUUUUUUUUUUUUUUUUUUUGGUUUCCUAUUUGAUUAAAUUAUGCUAUCCCAAUUAAUUGUUUUGAAAUAAAUUUAAGAAACGCCAUUCCCUGCCUGGUUGGUUUUCAUAUAGUUCUUGCAGCGCUUGCCAUUUAUUAUGAUGUUUCAUUUGAUAAUUCAUUCAAAUUCUUGGAUAAUUUUUGUAUGAAUAUGAAUAUGAACUCAACAAGAAGAAAAACUAAUAAAUGCGUUCCAUCUUC